UCAGUGAAGUCAAUUUAAUGUACUAGAAAAAUCUUUUAAUAAAUAUGAAUUCGGUACGAAACGAAAUUCAACGCAAACAUUUAAUCGUUACGGAUCUGGAUCUCUCUGACUGCCAGCAAAUGCAAGAAAUAAAAAGCUGUCAUGAUUCAAAUCACAAAGUUCACAAAAAACAUUACUCGGAAAAACAGGUGCACACCUUUUCGGGCAACUUUAAUCGCCGUUCUCGAUCUGCUGAAAAUUGUUCUGAGGAACAUGAACCCAGUAUUAAACAAAGUAUCCGCAUUAACAGUUACUUCAAUGAAGUGUUGCAAUCCAAAGACAAACAAAUGGAAAAAUUGUUGCAACGUUUAGCCACCUUACAUAAAUUUAAUGAACAAUUUGACGUACAAAACAAAGAGCUUCGUUCGCACAUACAUACCCUGGAGGAUCGUAUAGAGAGCUUGCAGUUCGAAGUUGCAAAUUGUAGUCAUUGUCAGGAACUAAUGCAACAACGAGAUAAAUGUUUGACUGAAAAUCAGACAUUAGCGUCUGAUGUAUCAAUGAUGAAGACUCUUGUAUAUCGCCUUAAUGUACAAAUUGAAAAUUAUCAAGAUCGUUUGCGCCUUUCUAAAGAUGUUACAAAUAACACAAGUUCGGAUGAUGUUGUUCCACAUUCGUCUUCUAAAUCAACGUGGGAAGAGAGUGAUGUACAAACACAUUCACUUGCGCCGUUGCUACAUUCGUAUGAUGAAAUGAUUCGGGAUAAAGAACACUUAAUACAACAAUAUAAACAGGAAUUUGAACAUUUCACAGGGGAACUGAAAAAGGCACUAGAAGAAAAUAAUAGUCUAUUGCUACAAAACGAAAGCUUUCGUCGAGAGGUUAGUUCUUGGCGGGAAGAACGUACCCGAUUGCAGGCACAAAUCGAUGUCUGCCGCGCAAAAGUUGAAGCUCAAACAAGAAAAUCAGACUUGGCCAAAGAAAAACUAAUGGAAGUAAUGCAUUGUUAUGAGCAAAAAAUUCAAUCCCUGGUUUUAGAUCUGGAACAUUUACAAGCGGCUUAUACACGCUGCAAGAACGAGCUAUUGGCGCUCAAAAGUCUCAAGCCGAAUGCCACUGAUGGCAUGGAGCACGAUUUACAAGAGUGUAAAGCACUUUUAGAACAGUUGAAAGAGCAGUACAAGGACGAGAAACAUAUGCUCGUGAAAUCUAUUGAAGAACUUCAAUCGCAACAUGUGGAAGAUAAUAGGAAAAUUUCUGAAAUGAGAAUAAAAAAUGAAGCGUUAGAGAAGAGACUGGAAGAACAGCGCACUUCAAUAGAAGAGUUUCAAAAUAGUGUAGUUUCUUUUCAGCGAACUACCGAAAAAAUCAAGCGCUCUAGAGAUCGGUUGAAGGCACGGUUGCGAAUUGCUUUGCAAUGGAAUCAUAAAAUGGAGGAAGGACAAGUAAAUAUACAAAGUACAUGGGAUGCUCUAAAACGUCUUGAAACCAUUGUGAAGCAUAAAGAGUCACAAGUACGUGGCCUGCAUGCCCGUCAUCUGCAAGAGAUCGAAAAAAUGCAAAAGAAACUAUUUCAAAAAGAGGAGACUAUACGAACUAUACUUAAAGGAAAACUUUUAAUCGGCGAAAAUCGGUAGAUAAUAGAUGAUAGAUAGUUAUUGCAAGCGAAUAGAUAUAUAGACAUCGACAAAUUUACUCAAACGAUAUUUAAAAAUUUUAUUCAAGAUAAUUAAGCUUAUAAUAAAAUUUUCACUACAUAAAUAUAUUACGUAUGUGCAAAAGAUAUACAAGUAAUGAAUGUUUGCUCAAUGAAAACGAAGAGACUGAAUACGAGGCAGUCAGAGGCUAGUGUAAUUUUAAGGUUUAUACUCUCGUAACAUGCUGCAACAAAGGUAUAUUAGUUUUGUACAAAUAACUAUUGUUAUACACUAUAUACAUACAUAAUUGAUUAAAUAUUCAAAUACCCAAGUGGCUUUAUCUAAUGCAACGAAUUUCGAUCAUCUGUUAAACGUUUUGCACAUCAUCUGCACACAUACUAUACAUUAAAUAUAUCUUCGAUAGAAUUAUGGCGGAUACAUCACCUUGUGUCUUAUUGUGGAGCUUAAACGUACAGACGGACAGACCGACAGUCACUCGGACUUCAACUCGUUUCGCCAUCCUGUUCAUUUAUAUAUAACUCGAUAUCUCUCUGGAAUAGUUUUAUAUGAUACAAACAACAAGGUGAACAAAACUGUUAUAUCGUGUAGCAACAUUUCUUAAGAGUAUAAAAAUAACUCCCAUCAGUAUAUGUAUUCUGAUGGAAUGAAGCCUUAAUACCUUUCACAUCACAGCUGCAUUUCCCCUAGCAACUUAUAUAUGUAUAUGUAUACUAACAUAAAAACUAAAUCUGAAACCGUAACCGG